AUGCUGUACCAAGAGUACCAGCUGCUGGUUAAACGAGACAGCUCACUCAUAAUAUCACGCACGGAUGAAGAUGGCACAGCGACCAACACUAAGAGUGCCAUCAAGAAGAUGGGUAUAGCCAACCCAGGAACCAUUCUGUAUUCAGGGGAAGUCGGCAGUGGAAACGUCGUGCUGGGCAUGGAAGGUGGCGAGAAGAUCAUGAAGGUCCUGGGUCAGGUCACCGACAUCCUGGGUCGCGGGGAUCAGGCGUACACUGUGGGGAAAGGUCUGACUGGGAAAGGACUGCAGCUGCUUGGUGCUAAACUGGCCAACAUGAGCAUCGGGGAGAUGAUCGCCAUGUUUGAUGCCAAGAACAUCGACCCUGAACUUACUCUUCGUCUGACGAGACAACUACGAGAUUUGUGUCUCGCCCUGUAUUCAGAUAUCAUCAAUGUUAUCGUCAAUGGUGAUGGAACCAACACAUUCAGCUCAUUUGACCUGACUCUUCAAGGAAGCUUCUCCCUACCUAGAAAAAACGUCGUCUUCUUCAGAUACAGGAAUUACUUCCUGAUUGGAGGAAUUGUACCCAUGUACUUUGAAUAUGGAGCAGGAGCAACGUUUGGAAUAAAAAUAGGUGUAGGAGCAAAGAUCCUUGGUAUGACUGUGUUUGGUCAAGUGACGCCCUUUGGAAGUGCUCUUGUCUACGGAGAAAUGGGCAUUGGAGCUGUACUGUAUGCCAAACUGAGAUUUGAUGGCUACCUGAUGAACCUUGCGUUCCCAUCAAGGGCUGAGAUUGGAUUCUACAAGUUUCCACUCGACUUAAGACUGAUCAUGGACAUGGACCUGACCCCCUUGCAACUGACCCUGCGUGGAAAAGUUACACUGGAGAUCAAUCUUGGCAAGUGGAUAGGCAAGAUCAGGAAGACAUUGUACAGCGCUGUCAUCUGGCAAUAUUCCACCUCAACGACAAGAAAGAGACUGAUAGAUACAGGCAAGAAGGAGGAGGACAAAUCUCCACCACAGUUUCUCAACUAUGUGGACAAUACUGAAGGUUCUGGUCGAAAGAAGAGGGCAGUGUCCACAUCACGGAGCUGCUUAGUGAGACAACUCCCCGAUAGAGACCACACAGAGCCGGCGGUAGAGAUAGCCAUAGCUGCCGAGGAUGACCGGAGUCAGGUCCAGAUCUUUGUGGAUGCCGGGACCAAACCUGGACUCAGUGAUGUGCUCAGAAGUCUCAGCCUUGGUGGACCAUCUUCAAUUAUCACUCAGCGAUUUUCCAAGAAUGUCCAUGGCGUCCCCGUCUUUUUCACGGUGUAUGGUGAGAACAGCGCAGGUGCGAGAACCGCCGUGACAUGCAGCAUCUCAACCUAUGACGUCACGCCUCCUGGUGGCAGACUGACAUCAGACUUCAGUUCAACCAGUAACCCAGCUGAACUGAGAGGGAAUGUGGUGGUGUAUGAAGAUUCAGAUCUGGUUAAAUCUUCCGUGGGUGUUGGACUGGGAAGGGGAAUUUUCGGAGAUGAAACAAUAGCCUACAACUCUGUCAAUCUCAAGGACAGGACCAAUGCACACUAUGACCCUUCAUCUGAUAAUUAUGGCCACGAAGCACUGAAACAUUUCACGGGUCUGAAGGACGGCCGACUGAUUGGUCCGGUGUUUGCCGAGUUCUUCAGUAUGAAUCAUGCCGGGUCCUGUGUGAAGGAGUGUAUGAAGUUCCCGGAGACCAAGUGUAUGAGCGUCAACUACGACUACGGACCUAACGGACAUUGCGAACUAUUAGAAGGCAUUGAAGGACACGACCAUAAAAUGUUCAUCUCUGAUCAGUAUGCUCACUUUGAGAGGCUUGGAGUUGGUCUUGCCCACGAAUUCAUCCACAAGGAUCUGUCUCUACGUCACGGCGCCAUGUACUUCUUCAACAUCCACCUUAUCAACGACCUUCAGUUCGAGUCCAUCCUCCAUAGCAAGGGUGUUGUGGUGGAUGUUACACCUCCCGAACCAGGUCCACUGGCUAAUGUGAGUCUGGAUGUCCUGGAGGUGACCUCGUGUGAGAGUGUGGUUCCAGAAGACAGACCAGACUGGAAAGUCAGGUGUCGAGGUGUUAACAGUCAAAUUAAUAACCACAGGACAAUUCAUGACGGCCACGGGUCAAAAACCCUUUUCAAUGGAGGCACACCCCUCACCGAUCUCCUGUACACCAGAGCCAACAGAUACUUAACAGCUAACUGGGACGGCAUCAUGGACAAAGAGACUGGCAUCCUUGGCUACUCCUGGACCGUGGGGAGACAAAUCUGUGAGGAGCUGAUCCACCCUCAUCAUGACCCUAACAGACACCUGUUUGACGAAUCAGAGUGGACCAACACUGGCCUCAUCUCCCCCAUACCGGCUCCUCACGACCCCCUCCCAGAUGGGAAAUACUUCAUCACACUCCGUGCCUUGAAUAAAGUUGACUAUGGAGGUCCGCUGGUGACAACAAUCUGUCACACAACGCCGAUGGUAGUAGACAACUCGCCACCACUUCUACAUGAAAUCUACAACAUCUCCUACGACGAAGAGACUUUCUUCAUCAAUGCCCAGUAUAAUGCCAGUGACCCAGAUUCAGACAUCAGAGAAGUGGACUUGUGUCUGGGACAGACCACACGUGACUGUCAUCACAUGGACUGGCAGAGAUCCUCGCACAGUGAUGGCGACAUCACCCGUCAGUUCCAGAUCCCAGGUGGAACUCCUGUCUGGAUUAAAGUCAGGGUCAUAAACAAUGUUGAUUUGAUGAAUGUGGACGUGUCCGACCACCCGAUCAUAGUCGACUUAUCUCCUCCUGAGCCAGGCAUUGUAUUUGAUGGGCCCGUCUUCAGAUUUGAUCUCAACUUUACCAAGGAUGCUGACAAGAUUUGUGGCAACUGGUUUGGGUUUUAUGAUCCCGAGUCUGGUAUUUCCCAUUAUGAGUUAUCGGUUCUUGAUGCCACAAACACGACGAUCUCGGAACCGGUCAGUCUUGACCACAAGACACACGAGACCUGUGUCCAGCUUGACCAGAGGCUCGAACACGGCAAGGCCUACAGCUUCUACAUCACCGCAUUCAACGCUGGCCACAAACAGCUGAACGUAUCGGCAGUGUCAGAUGGAGUUAUCGUGGAUCUGAGUCCGCCGGUGCCGGGUGAAGUUGUUGACGGUAUACAGGACGGCUUUGACGACGUUGAGUUCAGUACCCACGUUGCCACAGUUGGAACCCAGUGGAGGAACCACAGUGACCCCGAGUCUGACAUCAGAGAAUAUGCAGUACAGAUACUCAGAGCAAAUACAGGUACUCGGAGCAAAGUAAGUGGGAGAGAAUCACUGAGGAACUAUGGUGAACCCGAGUCAGACAUCAGAGAGUAUGCAGUACAGAUACUCAGAGCAAAAGGGUUGUCUCCUGACUUUGAGGUAGUAAAGGACUGGAAGACUCUGGGCAAAGACGUCAGCCAGAUCGAGUGGCACAACUUUCACCUGAACCAUCAGGACGUUGUCAAGACGAAGCUGAAAACCAUCAACAACGCCCUGGGGACUGUAGAACAGACAACAGAUGGGUUUGUAGUGGAUCUCACUCCGCCCAGGAUGGUGUUCCUAGGUGAUGGACGAGAACAGAACAAAGAUGCGGAGUUCCAGAUAUCUGGCACUACUGUUGAAGCUAACUUCAAGUUUAAAGAUGACGAAUCUGGGUUGGACCAUUUCAAAUACCAGGUGUAUGAGCUUUUCCAUGGGGCAAAACUUCAAAUCUACCCGGGCUCAGAAGGUUGGGAGAUCACCAGCGACCCAGGCAGCACCAGUGUCAUGAAGUCUGGCUUAAGUCUCCGACCAGGCGCUCAGUACAGUGUGAGAGUCGGGGCCGUCAACAGAGCCGGGGCCGUCGCCAUCUACGACACAAACGGUGUGCUUGUUGAUAAGACACCACCUAAGAUGAAAUGGGUCGACGUUGGCAUUUUCUCUGGCAAUGACGAAGAGUUAAUUGACGGUUACGUUACACAGUCUGAUACUAGCGGUAUCAAGGCCACCUGGUUUGCCAAGGACAGUGAGAGUGGCAUCAAGUCGUACAUGGUGGCCAUUGGAACCACUCAAGGUUUGUAUUCCCCAACUAUGAAGAACACAAUGUUGUCAUCAUAA